AUGUCUCCUCACAAAACUGCUUCGCCUGCCGGCAGUUGUCAUCAAGACGAUCUGCAACUUCCUUCUGUCUCUCUUCUUGCCCGACCAGCGACACUGACCCACUCAAUUUCUUCCGAAUCAUCCUACAACCCAUCUCCCCGGAGCGCAUCUGUUUCCUCGCUGGACGACAUGCCCAUCAUGAAUAGACCCUUGAGACCAGGUGUAUACGUGCCGACUGUGGCAUUUUUCAAGAACAACGAGGAUCUCAACCUCGAUGCGAUAGGAAAACAUGCUGUGAGACUCGCCAAGGCUGGUGUGGCUGCGAUUGCAACGCAAGGUUCCAACGGCGAAGCAGUACAUCUCACCCAUCAAGAAAGACAACAGGUCACACGCAUCACACGUAAGGCUUUGAACGAUGAAGGAUUUGACUCCCUGCCAGUCAUCGUGGGCUGUGGCUCGCAGUCGACUCGCGAGACGAUCGAGCUUUGUCAAGACGCCCUAGCUUCUGGAGGCGACUAUGCCCUAGUUCUUCCUCCGUCCUACUACAAGCCAUCCCACAAGCCAGACACGAUAGUCGGAUUCUUCAGAGAUGUUGCCAACGCAUCUCCCAUCCCCAUCAUCAUUUACAACUACCCAGCAGCGGUGGCUGGCAUCGACCUCAGCUCGGACGUAAUCAGCGAGCUCUCCAAGCAUCCCAACAUCGUUGGCUGCAAGCUCACAUGCGGAAACACCGGCAAGCUGACUCGGAUCGCCGCAGCCACAAAUGCAGCCACACCUGCAGAUGCUGGCUCCAGUUUCAUGUGCAUGGGCGGUUCUGCAGACUUCACUUUGCAGACGCUGAUUGUCGGUGGAUCUGGAGUCAUCUGCGGGAUCGGCAACGUUGCGCCCAAAGCCUGCGUCAAGAUUGUGGACCUGUUUGCGGCCGGGAAGCUGGCCGAGGCCAAAAAGCUGCAAGCUGUUGUGGCCCGUGGUGACUGGGCCGCUAUUUCUGGAGGCAUCGUAGGCACGAAGAGCGCGUUGGAUACGUACUUCGGGUAUGGAGGCAUCGCACGCAGGCCUUUGCCUCGAGUGACCAAGUCAGAGGCUAUAAAAUUUGCCAGUGAUUUCAAGGAGAUUGUGGAGUUGGAGAAAAGAUCUGCGAGGAAGUACUCGUCCCACCCUCUUCAAGCACGUGUUUUACAGGAGAAUAGAAAGAGUAGGAAUACAGUGGAGGACCAGGGUUUCCCGGCAAAUUCCGCGAGAAUGCGUCACUGGCUCCUACGCGCCGCCCCAUUGCUGGCUGCCCUUCUCGGGAUAUGGGCUCCGCUGUCUUUUGCUACGCCAACGCUUCGCAGUAGCAUUGACCCAGCCAUUCCUAUCGUUUCCCAGCAGCAGCAGCAGCAGCAGCAAAGCGGACCUCAAGCACUUUCACUGUCUCCCGCUUACAGACGUUCUUCUCGAUCAGUAACUCCUACUGCCAUAGGAAAGCGCGAUGGCAUCCACAUCCAGGAGCUAAGUUCCAGCUUCCUCCUCCAUUACCAUGUUUUCACGACAUUUGCCCCUUCCUGGCCCACCGCAUCCCGGCUCGCAAACUUCUGGUUCCAACUCGGAAUCCAGCUCCUCGAGGUCCCGGACCACUAUUUCCUCUCAAAGGCUAUACAAUUCAGCUCGGGACCGCUGAAGCUGGAACUGUUCAAUGCGAGUGGUGACACCGGUGGUAUUCCGAGGGAAUUUAUCAUUGCGUUGGCGAAUGCGAUGGUGGGGUAUACUGAAAGGGGCUUUUGUGGGAUGUUCAAUGCGAGGAUUAGCAGUAGGGGAAAUGAAGAGGGAGGGCCGAGUGAGGUGGCGAAGUUGUGGAUUACUUUUAGGAUUGUUGAGGGAUUGGGGGAGGUGAUUGGGGUGUGA